GCAUGGCGCGAGAAGAUGGCUCUCUGCUUCGUCAUUGCGUGCCUAUGCGGAAUCGUUGGGCUCAUCACUCAGGUCGGCGUGCAGAAGAUGCUAUGUCCACAGAUUGAGCAACAGAGCAGUGGCUGGUACGUGCGCAAGGGCAGCGUCGGCCUCAUUCUUGGUGUGCAGGGCCGGCAGAUGAAGUUCACAUACCUGAGCAAGACGGCUGUCGAGGGACUCGGUGCUAACUUCACGCAACUAUUGCAGGAACCCGGGCAGGACAUCACACCAUCCUUCCAGCGG